AUGGUUUACUGCGGAAAGCCCUCAAAGGGCUGCCAGAUGUGCCGGACACGGCGAAUCAAGCCAUACUUUGGUGCCAUCCGGGAGCCCGGCCAGGACCGAGAUGGAUCCCCGGCUUCCACGGCGUCUUCUGAGGUCGACACCGUCGUCCGUGCCCUGAAUCUUUCAACUGAGUAUCACGCAACUUGCUAUUUUGUCGCCAACUUCAUACUCGUCCCUCGCCAGGAUGGGACGAGGGGUUUCAUGCACUUCAUCAUCCCCUUGGUAAAGACCGAGGCCCCCGACAGUCCGAUUGUCCACGCAUUCAGCGCAUGCGCCUAUGCAUCCUUGGGCAACCGCCCCAACUACCAUCGCGCCCUCAAGUCCCUACGGGCCACUCUUACGGACAAGGAAGCGGCCAAGUCAGAUGCUACUUUGUGUGCAGUUCUACUCCUAGCACUCUACGAGAACCUCACAUCGAAGGAGAUGACAAUGGGCAUAUGGGCCAAGCACAUCGAAGGCGCGAUUCAAAUAGCAAAGGCUCGCGGCCACUGGUGGGUCUCGGAUGCGGUGAACGACCUCAUUGCUACCGAAUCUCAACACCUUUGCAUCCAAGCCGGCGCCCUCCGAGCCCAUGUGACUAAACUCAUGACUGCUAAUGUGAGGAGUGCGGAAGUCAACAAGCUCAUCCAAGAAACUAUCAGCCAUGUCCGAGCUAUCGAAACGCGCUUGGAGGAAUGGUUCGAUAACCUUCCCGCUCACUGGUCGUACAAGACAGUUGCUUGGGAGGACAAUGUUCCCGACGGCGACUAUACCAAGGCGGAGGUCUUCCCUGGCAAGGUGGACGUAUACCGCGAUAUCUGGAUCGCUAGCGUCAUAAACCUGGCGAGGGUGAGCAGAAUAACCCUGACAUCGACCGUGUUGCGCUGCGUUGCCUGGCUUUGCUCGCCUGCCGACUAUCGAACGACGCCCGAAUACGCUGCGGCUGCGCGCAUCUGCUCCGAGUCCAUCACCGACAUCAUCGCGACGGUUCCCUAUCAUCUCGCCUGGCAUGCUAACCGGCCAGAGAUCAUGAGGAGGGUCAGUCUUUCCGGCUUUGCCUGUGGUGAAGAGGAUGCUCAAAAGGGCCUUGACUUUUGCACCGAUGCCCAGCGGACGUGGGUCCGAGGCAGGUUGCGCUACAUCGCCGAUGAACUCGGUGUCUUUUAUGCUCAUACGAUAGCCAAUCUUGACGUUCGCUUGCCUUCGAUGCACAUUCGUCGAGAUGGCCUUCUGGCCAAACCCUACCCAAUCGGUCACAGUUUCGAAAAGAUACUCUCUUCUAAACUGCCCCAGCAAUCAGGCGAAUACCCCCUCGACCCAUGGCAACAAAUGGAUGCUCUGAGGAAGGAGUUUGUUGAGCAGAAGAGGGCCGAACUUCUCUCCAAGGCCGCGGGAGUCGGCGGCUCCAGUGGGACUGAUCUUGCGCAGCGAAUCCUCACCGUGUAA